AGGGGAAUUUUCGGCUAGAGCUGGUGCUAGUUUGUGAAACAAAAUGGUGUACAAUAUUGUAUGAGAAGCUAUCUUCCAAAAUUAUAAAACUUUAGGGAUUAUAUCAGAAAUUCACUAGUUGUGAAACCGGGUGAAUACGCAAUUAAACUCUACUUAGGGGGCUUUAGUGAAAUAUCCUCCGUCGAAAGAAGCAAACAAGUCAUAAAUUAUCAAUCACUUGAGAAAAAGCUUUGUUGGGUUGUGGGUGAGAAAAAUGGCAAAAUCAAGCUUGAAAAAUACUGUUAUAAUCCUCUUGUUGAUAAUAACAAUUGCGUGUUCAACAAAAUUGUGCAAAGCAAUUGAAUCACCACAGUACAGAGUAGUGCACUCUGAAUCAGAUUUUGAAAUCAGACAUUACAGGGAAUCUGUAUGGAUGGCCGCACCCGCCUACGAAAUCUCCUUCCAUAAAGCCACCAGAGAUGGUUUUCACAGAUUGUUUCAGUUCAUCCAAGGUGCAAAUUUGAACUUUUCUCGUAUCUAUAUGACAAAGCCAGUUUUGACUAGCAUUGUUCCAGGAGCAGGUCCUCUUCACUCAUCGGCAUACUUUGUUAAAUUUUACUUGCCUGAUAAGUUCCAGGCCGAUCCACCUCUUCCACUUCCCGAGCUGAACCUUCAACCUGAUCGAUGGACUAGUCGUUGCAUUGCUGUUAGGAAGUUUACAGGAUUUGCAAGAGAUAGCAACAUUGUUAAAGAAGCUGAGAAACUGGCUCUGAGCUUGAGUAGAUCUCCAUGGGCAAACUCCACUGCUGCUACGAGUGAAUAUGCUUACUCUAUAGCGCAGUAUAAUUCUCCCUUCCGGAUCAUUGGGCGUGUCAAUGAAGUGUGGGUGGAUGUCGCUGGAACUGGAGCAAGUGAUUGCGAAACCAAUCCAAUUGCUGCAUACUGAUUAUGAGUGCGAGCUUGAAGCUUCUUGGGUCGUUGUUGUACAUCUCCCCCUUAUAGAGACCGGAGAGGCAUGAAUAGUUGCUUCUUAUGUACACAUUUUAUCAUGCUCAUGUUCUCUAAAUUUGGGAUUUUCCGGUUUAAUGGAAGUGGAAGUGUGUUCAGUUCUGCAGAAAACUGCAAUUCUCUUUUAAUGAAGAACUUUGACAUUA